GCACCAACAUCCCCGGCAGCCCGUCUCCAAUAUUUCCACGCCAAGAAGCGACCUGUGCGGUAGCGCGCCCAGAGCCUUCCAGCAUGGAGACUGCGCUAAAAAACAAGCACUAAAAUUCUGAAAAUGAAGAAGUUCAACAUCAGGAAGGUGCUGGACGGCUUGAAAGAGGUGUCCUCCUCCACCCCGUCUGUCCAAGUGGGGCCACAGGAGAACCAUCUGAUCCAGGAGACCCUCCAGUCCGAGCAUUUCCAGCUCUGCAAGACCGUCCGUCAUGGCUUCCCCUACCAGCCGUCGGCCAUGGCUUUCGACCCCGUGCAGAAGAUACUGGCCAUCGGCACCCAGAGUGGAGCUCUCAGAUUGUUUGGUCGUCCAGGCGUGGAGUGUUACUGUCAGCACGAGACUGGAGCGGCCGUCAUCCAGCUACAGUUUCUCAUCAAUGAGGGAGCGUUGGUGAGUGCUCUGGCUGACGACAGUGUUCACCUGUGGAACCUGAGGCAGAAGAGACCAGCCAUUCUCCACUCCCUCAAGUUCAGCAAAGAGAGAAUAACUUUCUGCCACCUGCCCUUCCAGAGUAAAUGGUUGUACAUCGGCACAGAACGGGGAAACAUCCACAUCGUCAACGUGGAGUCCUUUAUGCUCUCAGGCUACGUCAUCAUGUGGAACAAAGCCAUUGAACUGUCCUCCAAGGCUCACCCUGGACCAGUUGUCCACAUAAGUGACAACCCCAUGGAUGAGGGAAAGCUUAUAAUUGGAUUUGAGUCUGGGAUCGUGGUCCUGUGGGAUCUGAAAUCAAAGAAGGCCGACUAUCGCUACACAUACGAUGAGGCGAUCCACUCAGUUGCUUGGCAUCACGAGGGCAAGCAGUUCAUUUGCAGUCACUCAGAUGGAACUCUGACCAUAUGGAACAUCAGAGGCCAGGGCAAGCCCAUACAGACAAUCACCCCACACGGAAAACAGCCCAAGGAUGGGAAGAAGCCAGAGCCUUGUAAACCCAUUCUCAAAGUGGAGUACAAAACCACUAGAAGUGGGGAGCCCUUCAUCAUCCUGUCUGGUGGUCUGUCCUACGACACAGUGGGCCGGCGGCCAUGUUUGACAGUAAUGCAUGGGAAGAGUACCGCUGUCCUGGAGAUGGACUAUCCCAUAGUAGACUUCCUCACACUCUGUGAGACACCAUACCCUAACGAUUUUCAGGAACCUUACGCUGUGGUGGUCCUUCUAGAAAAGGAUUUAGUGGUGAUCGACCUUGCACAAAAUGGUUACCCCAUAUUCGAGAACCCCUAUCCUCUGACUAUCCACGAGUCUCCUGUGACCUGCUGCGAGUAUUUUGCCGACUGCCCUGUGGACCUCAUACCUGCACUUUACUCUGUUGGCUCGCGGCAGAAACGACAGGGCUACAGCAAAAAGGAAUGGCCUAUUAGUGGUGGAAACUGGGGUCAAGGCACACAGAGCUACCCAGAGAUCAUCAUCACUGGGCAUGCUGAUGGAACAGUGAAGUUCUGGGAUGCCUCUGCAAUAAUGCUCCAGGUGCUCUAUAAGCUCAAAACAGCCAAGGUGUUUGACAGAAACCGGUCCAAGGAGGACAAGGGCAGCACCGAGGGGUCAGACGAAGACCCCUUUGCCAUUCAGAUCAUGGCCUGGUGCCCUGAGAGCAGGAUGCUGUGUGUUGCCGGGGUGUCAGCUAACCUUAUCAUCUACCGCUUCAGUAAACUGGAAGUAACUACUGAGGUGGUUCAGUUACUAGAGGUGCGAAUGCAGUACGAGCUAAACGACAUAGAGUCUCCAGACGGAGGGGGAGAACAAACUUCGGCUCAUCCCACCCCUGGUGCCUCCCCACAGACAAGCGGCCCACCUUCACACCCUUCCACCAGCAGCAACAACUCUGACGGAGGCAACAUACCCUGCCUCAAAGUGCGCAGUACUCCUCUGAAGCAGUCUGCAGGAUACCAGGUAGACUUGGUGGUCCAGUUAGUGUGGGUGAGUGGAGAGCCUCCGCAGCAGAUCACAAGUCUGGCGCUUAAUUCCUCCUACGGCCUUGUGGUGUUUGGCAACAGUAACGGUCUGGCGGUGGUGGACUACAUCCAGAAGACGGUAGUGCUCAACUUGGGGACGGUCGAGCUUUAUGGCUCCAAUGACCCCUACCAGAGACAGCCCCGCUCGCCAAGAAAGACACGACAGCCUUCUGGAGGUCUGUGCGACAUCAACGAGGGCUCAGCCACAUCAGAAGACCGCUGCAAGUCCCCUACUUCAGUGUUGAUGUCAAACAGCAAUCUACAGCAAUUCUACAAUGGAGGUGGUAGAGGAGCAAAGAUGUCACGGAAAUUAAGCUUGCCUACUGAGCUAAAGCCAGACUUGGUCCUCCUGUCUGUAUGCCCGCCACGGGGUGCCAACCCAUUAGACCACCGGGACAAUUCUUUCAGCCGCUCACGCUCCUCCAGCGUCACCAGCAUUGAUAAGGAAGCACGAGAGUCCAUCAACUCCUUCCACUUUAGCGAGACCUUCGCUCGAAAGGGGGACAGCACUCUGACACCCUGCCUGUAUGUGGGAACUACUCUGGGUACUGUGCUGGCUCUCGCUCUCACAUUGCCACCUGCUGGAGAGCAACGGCAACUGCAGCCAGUUAUCCUUUCACCUACAGGCAUGUUGGUGCGGCUGAAGGGCAGCGUCAUGCGGAUGGCUUUCCUGGACUCUGCAGGUUCCAUGCAGCCCCAUGCAUACGAGCCUUGGUUUGAACCAAAUGUCACAGCAGAUGGAGAAGAAAGAGAGAAGGUCCGUAAGCGCCGGCCCGUCUCAGUGUCCCCCUCCACCUCCCAGGACCUCAACGAGAGCCAGUACGCCGUGGUGUGUUCAGAGAAACAGGCCAAAGUCAUUUCCCUCCCCUCCCAGACCUGCAUCUAUAAACACAGUAUCACAGAGGCCUCCUUCAUCCUACGGGCAGAUGUGGUGCAGAUGAGCCAAGGCGCGUGUCUGGCGUGUUUCUGUGCCAACGGCCACAUCAUGACCCUUAGUGUGCCGGGACUGAGACCGCUCAUGGAUGUAAACUACCUGCCUUUGACAGACAUGCGGAUAGCCAGGACGUUCUGCUUCACAAACCUGGGUCAGGCCAUGUACCUCUGCUCCCCUACGGAGAUCCAGAGGCUCACUUACAGCCAGGACACCUGUGAAAACCUACAGGAGAUGCUGGGGGAACUUUUUACACCAGUGGAGACACCAGAGGCACCCAACAGAGGAUUCUUCAAAGGCCUCUUUGGGGGAGGAGCGCAGUCUCUGGACAGAGAGGAGCUAUUUGGAGAGAUAGCAGCUGGGAAGGCAUCCCGAAGUCUGGCCCAGCACAUCCCAGGCCCGGGGGGCAUCGAGGGCAUGAAGGGGGCAGCGUCUGGUGUGGUUGGAGAUCUGGCGCGCGCCCGGAUAGCACUGGAUGAAAGAGGCCAGAAACUGGGCGAGCUGGAUGAGAGGACAGCUGCCAUGAUGGCCAGUGCAGACUCGUUUUCGAAACACGCCCAUGAGAUGAUGCUGAAGUGCAAAGACAAAAAAUGGUACCAGUUCUGAUCAGUGAUGGGGGAGGAGCAGAGCUCCAUGGACACAGCUGUCACCUUCCAUUGGCUCAUCUGGACUCACCGAGACCCCCCUACCCAUCCGUCUGUCCAUCCAUCCAUCCCUCCAAGCCUUCUUCACUGGGACACUUGGGAUUUUCUUCCCUAGCACAAUGUUGAAUACUGUUCUUACCUCAGUCUUAGGGUGGAACUGAGGGGUAGACAGGGGAGAAGGACAACCUCAGAGGGAGCAAAUAAGUGAUGUCUUUUUUUAUGUUUUUGUCUCUUUGUUUAUCUCUGUUCAACUUCUCCUCCGAGGUAGCCAAUUGGCCCACGCACCUGGAGAUUCUUCAUUCUCAUUUGCCAAAAUGUCCUUUACUGUUGUCUCCGCUCCGAGCCCAUCGCGGCCGGUAUUCAAACCGACGAACAUAGCUGAAAAAAAAAAGACAAAUAAUGAAGAAACAGACUACGAAACAUUCUUAAAAAUGUAAAAAGAAGGAAAAAGAAACUAAUUACAUCAUUAUAUAUACAUAAAUCUAAUAAAUGUGCAACGCUGUAUCCACUUCUGAGUGACAAGUACAAAAGAAAGGGAAUAACUCAUCGAGGAGACAGGAGCAGGGCGUGAAGGCGGCGUUGGAGAGCUACAGGAAGUGCUGCGACAGUGACGCCUCCUCUAUGCAGAGAGUCACAGGGAUAAAAGCAACUUAUUCUGAUGUACACUGGAUAUUUCGUCAUCUCGCUCAACCUCUAGACUCUCCUCUGUAUCUUACAGACUUUCAUAUCGUUACCAACAGUGUGUGUGUGUGUGUGUGUGUGUGUGUGUGUGUGUGUGUGUGUGUGUGUGUGUGCGUGUGUAUGUGUGUGUGCGUGCGUGUGUUAAUUUCUAUUUUCUUGCCAUUCCUCUAUUUGUUAUUCGUUGGGUUUUUUGCUCUUGUCUGUAUUAUUGGAAAAUCUCUUAUUUUUCUAUUGUUGUGAAAGUGGACGAUAUUUGAUUUGUUGAAAAAAAUGCGUUUUGUGGCUUUUAUCUAACAACUCAACUUAAUUUCUCCUUAUGAAAAGGGCUGGAAUCUAAAAAAAGGAGGGCAAGGAUAUAAAAGGCAUAUAUCAUUUAGUACUCACAGACAUGGCAUCAUCAGAUCUCUCCACUCUGAAAUCUCAAAGCAAGUGCGUAUAAACCACACACGUUUAUUGUUUACCUGAUGAUUUCAUUUAUUGACCUAUCUGAUGUGAUGUUAACUGCCUCCCUCACCCUCUAAUGUCAUACGCUUCCACAGUUUGGCUUAGUCUGUGAGUGUGACUGUACAAAUGCUGAUGAGAUCAGUGUUAAACACAACGAGUCAAGCCGGAUAUGGUGGCGUUUCCACAUUCUGGAGUACACAUCAAUACAGAGACAUACACAUGAGUAGAAACCCAUACUUAUGUGUAUUCGUAUAUGCAGGAGAAUAGAAAUCCUUUAACGGCAUACAUUUAAAUCAUAUUUUUGCUGCCAGUUGUCUGUAUGAGAAAGUCGUCUGUGUGAUUUAUUUGUUAAUAUUUAUUUAUUGAGGUGCAAGAGACCGUUGUGUUUGGUGUCAGAAACGUUCAUCUUCAUUAUUAUCUCGUUUCUAUUUCCAUAUUUGCAGUAAAAAGCUCAAAUGUGGUGUUAUCUCUCUGUCUACCAGGCUUUUAACCUUUAUUUGUAUAUAAGUAAAUAGUUUGACAAUCUAAGACCAACUGGAAAGUAAAUGUCGAGGUUGCUCAAGCAACAAGAAGAGGAGAGAGGCCAUAUUUUUUCUGACGCCAAAGAGUUGCUUUAGCUUUUCCAUUGCAUUAUCAUUAACCACCAGACAAUAUACAGUAAUAUGUGUAAUACAGUAACACUUCAACCAUGGAGUGCAGACCCAGGAUCAGAUCCAUUUAGGGAAAUACUCUUCAUCACCUUUCAGGGUUCAAGAAACGGAGCAAGUUGCAAUGGAACUCAGCCAUUUAUAGUGUUUCAUAAUAUGUCAUAAAAUGUAACAUUUGGACUAAUGUUUAAUGUUUAAAGUGGCCUAACUGUUGGUUGAUGGCUGUUUCCUUUAAAACCAUUCCACUACAGCUCAGACACAACAAUAUUCAUGGUAUACAUCUGUGUAUGUGUGUGUGGGACUGUGUGUGUGGGACUGUGUUUUGAAUGUCUCUGUAAAUUAAGAAAUAUAAUUUGAUUUUUUUUUUUUUUUUCAAUAAUUGAUGUCCUAGUCUCCCCAGCCAGCAGUGUGUGUCCUGUUGAGUGUCUGUUACACAAACUAAAGCCACCAAUGACGAUAAAAAGAUAACAAUAGGAUAAUGAGUAUUAGAGGAUGACCUCUGAAUUCAGGUUUAAUUUAACAGGUGUUUUGUCUUUGAACACAUGCUUUGACUGUUUCUCGCUUCAGUCUUUCUCUCUUCCUCUGGUGAGUCUUUCACAGGCUCUCUUGGUUCCACAGCGACAGAUUUGGCCUUCUCUGUGUUUAGUAAGCAUUGUAGUGUGGGUGUUGGUAGGUGCAGUAGCUCUGUCUUUAAACCCCAAGGUGUAGAAAAAGAAAAAAACAACUUCAGGAAAACUAGUUUUAGCUAGAGGUCAUCCCCAAAAACCUGUUCAAUAUAUUUCCUCCUGACCUAGUUAUUUGUGUGUUUUCUUUUUCUUUCAGUGUUUGUUUGUUGUUUCUCGUCUUUUCACUACAGUAUGCGGUAUUCUUACCCGAUAACAAUCCACACACACUCACGCAACGAAAGGGAGUCCUGUCUAUCUGCCAUAUGCCAUCUUCUGUCCUGGAUUCAACAGUUAUCAGUGGGUUGCAGUAUUUUUCUCAUUGUAGCCAAUUUUCUUGUACAGUUUUAUGCAACUUUCACAUGGAUGUUUAUGACUUUAUCUGCUGCCACACAAAUUUAGAAAUUCUGUAGAUAGAGAUUACUGUGCAAUGGAAAAUAAAAGUGGAAAAUGUA